UUUGGUUUGUUGGUGAACCAAGUUUUGGAGCUUCUAAGUGAUUUUUGUAUUGAAUAUGAUGAGCUAAAAGGUCGAGAAAGUAACAAGAGUGGUUGAGAGUAGACCACUUUAACGGGGGCUUGAGGGAGGGGAGGGGAGGGGAGGGGGUAAAAGUGCCAUGUCUCGUUGCUUCCCGUUUCCACCUCCAGGAUAUGAGAAGAAGAUUAGCACCGAUGAAGCUCACUCUUUGAUUAAGCAGGAAAAACAAAAGAAGGAAAAAAAGCACAAAAGGGAUAAGGAAAAGAAAGAAGGGAAAGAGAAAAAAGACAAAGAAACAAGCAAAGACAAACAUAAGGAACGGAAGGAUAAAAAGGAGAAACAUAAAGAUAAGAAAGACAAAGAUCGUCAUAAAGAAAAGAGCUCAACUUCGGAGGACAAAAAAGCUGUUUUUGGUGUUCUACCAAACACAAAGGACAGAGAACAGCUUGUAACAAAUACCGUGCUGAAUAAUGGCAAUGGAGAGUCUAAGUAUAUACAAGAUCUGGCAAGAAGGAUCAGAGAUGAAGAAGCUACAGACAGUCAAAGUGUGGGAAAGAUUAGUCUUCCCAAUGGAGUCACAGAGAACAACCUUAGGAAAGUUGAUGAAAAGAGAAGCUACGCCAUGGAAAAAAGAUCUGAAACUGAUCAGAAAGGAGCUGAGAUUAUGGUUAAACCAUCGGAGAAAAAAGAUCAUGCUAAGAAAACAGAACUACAAGAGAAGAAUCACCGCAGAGAAAGUGUCAGUAAGAGUGAUUUGCCUCUGGAUAGCGAAGGGAUAAAGAAAAAUGAACCAAAGCACACAACACAUAGAAGUAGCCAAGAGGAGAAAAAACAGAUUGGUCAUGACAAACCAAAGUAUGUAGAGGGAGGGCCGAGGCUAAAAGAGAGAGACUUAGACUUUAGAGCGCAUGACCUUUCAAAGGCAAGCGUUAAAAAUCUCACCGCAGGUGGAGUACUUGGCAAACGGAAAGAUCAUGAGACAAAUGGUUUCUUGUAUGAGAAUGGAUCUAGGCCAAACAAGAUACAGAGGCCAGUUGCUUCUCCAAUAACAUCAGUGGAAAACGGGAGGAAGUUGGGAGGAUGCCAAACUCUUCCUAAACCUGUUACUGAGUUGCAAGGACCAGUGUGUAGUAAUCCACUGGUCAAGGAGGAGCAUAGAGUUAACGGUUUCGUUGAUUCUCAAGAACCCAAAGAUCGUCCAAAGAAAGUGAAAGAAAACGGUGAAGCGUCAGCGAAGAAGCGGUCUCAUCCGGACUUGAAGUAUUUGGAUCAGAUACUGAAUGUACCGCAGAGGGAGGAACUGCGUGAGGUUGAUGAGAAUGAGGAACAAGAGUGGCUGUUUGGUCUGUCCGGCGUGAAAUUAUUAAAGAAGCCAAAGACGGAUGCUACUACUUCAUUGGAUGAGGGCCUGCGAGUCUGGAACCAGGCUCUUAGAUUAGAAUCUGCUGAUAUUGUAGCUCUUCCAUAUGUGGUUCGCUUCUAGUUUGAUGACGCUCUGAUGUUCAUUCACUUCAGCCGAGGAGAAAGAUCCUCCAUCAUAUUCCAAUACUCGGAAUGGGAGUUGUUGAGGUAUGUCUGGUUUGGCUUCAUGAGAAGAGAAACUUCCUUGCAAGAACACGUCAAGUCUAUGUAGGUUUUAGAGUAAAGUCUUUUCUUUCGAGAGUGAUUGUUGGAAAGGAGAUUUCAGACUUUUGAUUCAGUUUUGGUUCUGUUGUUUCAUCAUAUCAGUUGAUGGGAUUAGCAUUAAGUUGUAUAUUAGAGAGGAUAUAGAAAUUGGGGGGAGAGAUGUUAUAAUUUUACCCACUAAUACAUUACAUUUUUACACUUUGUCUCCCCUCUUCUGGGAGAAUCAAAGUCAUUCUUGGAAUGCAAACAAAAUUUCAUC